ACCCCUCCGCAGCCAGACGCGGAGUUUAGUUUGGAUGGAACUCGCGGAAAGACUACACAUGCUGCCGAAAAGGAGUUUUUACACCGCCGAGAGAGAAGUCACAAGGACGAGGCCCAGGGAAGAAGAGAGAAAAACGGAACUGAGGAGGCGAAGACUUUGCAGCCGCUUUGGUUUGGAUGCCGGCGUUUGGAUCAAAUAGUGAGAAAAGAGAGAGGGGCGCACUUUUGGCAUCUCACUGUCCACAUUGUUGAACUUAAUGGAUGUUGACACAGUGUUCCAGGGGACACACCCAGCUUUAACUUCCAACACAGGAACUGAAUGACCGGAAACAGGGACAAGAUAGACGGCCAGGUCCUUGGAGAAAACAAGCCGAGCAAAAUCACAAAGAGUGCGAGAUAACCACAGCACACAUCCUUGCAGCAAUGGGUGACUCCAGCGAAGACUACAGAAACUACACCUAUGACUAUUACCUGGAGUACGGCGACUUGGAGGAGCUCGAGGUGGACCACAAGCAGAGGGAAACGAUGCACAUCAUCUCAGUGGUCAUCUACAUCGUUUCCUUCGUGCUUGGUCUGAUCGGAAACGGAAUCGUCAUUUGGGUGACGGCGUUCAAAAGCAAAAAGACAGUCAGCAGUGUGUGGUUGCUCAAUCUAGCCAUGGCAGACUUUGUGUUCGUGCUUUUUCUGCCCUUCUACAUUGAUUACAUCCUGCGGGACUUCCACUGGGACUUUGGCGUGGCCAUGUGUAAGAUCAACUCAUUUAUGUCUGUGAUGAACAUGUACGCAAGCGUGCUCUUUCUCACUGUGCUCACUAUCGACAGAUACGUCUCUGUGGUCCAUCUUAACUGGUCGCAGAGGUGUCGCACCGUAGAGAGAGCCUGGACCGUAUGCGGGUGCAUAUGGGCGAUAGCUGCCAUCAUGAGCUGUCCGGCUCUGAUCUUUCGCGACACCAUGCGGUUACAUGACAAGGUGGUGUGCUACAACAACUUCCUCCUACAGGGCGAGCACUCGGAACCACACACAGCACUCAUGAGACACGUCACAAUCGUGGCCAUCCGCACCACCGUAGGCUUCCUUCUGCCAUUUACUGCCAUAUGUGUGACAUGCAUACUUUUGACAAUCAAAGUGAAUCAAUCCCGGGGUUCAGUUCGCCUGUCCAGCUUCUCCAAAACCGUCACUGCGGUAAUUCUGGCCUUCUUUUUGUGCUGGGCACCUUUCCAUAUUUUUAGCUUAAUGGAGUUGUCCAUACAUUCCUCAUAUUACCUACACAGCAUACUGAAAGCGGGAUUUCCUCUCGCCACCAGCUUAGGCUUUUUUAACAGCUGCAUCAACCCCCUGCUGUACAUGCUUCUGGGCAAAAAGGUGCGUCACAUCCUGAAGCGCGCCUGUCUGGAUAUAACAAAGAGUUCACUCAGAGAGCUCAGCCAGUCGAUCUCUGCCACUGAGGUAGAAUCUGUGCCGGGAGUUCAUCAGGACAGCGUCCCGGAAGAUUCUGUGGUGUUGUCAACUCUAUGAUUGCAACCAUCGUCAGACAUGUGCGGCUGUCUAUGAAAAACAAGUGGUUAAGACUGAGGAUUACUGAGGCCUAAAUAUGGAAGAGUAUCACAGCUCCUCCUUAGUGUUAAGAUUUUCCUAUUUUGUUUCAUUUGUAGAGUAACGCCUAGUUCAACUGACAGUUACUCUCAGUGGAAAAGCUGAACAGAGCUGUAUAUAACAUGCACAUGGCGUUAAAAUGUAUAAAAUAUAUCAUUUAUUUUGCACAAGCCAAGUUAUCUGCACAGAUACAAAGCAAGAUAAAGUCAUUUUAGAUGAUCUACAGAUAAUCUGCAUUCAUUUUUAUAUAAUCAAAUAAUAUUUUUUAAAAACAAAUAAUUAUUUGGUUGCAGCGUCUCAGUUGUGAGCUGCUUUUCUUUGCCCUCUAUAAUGAACUACCAGCCAUGUGUUCUGGACUGCUGCUCACACCAGACGAGCAAUUUGAAGACGUCUCUUUGGACGAUUGUGAUGAUUUUUCACGAUUUUUUGGCACAGAUCAAGGAAAUAUUUUUAGUCGCAGCUCUUGAUCAAAGGCAUUUUUCAUAUUAACUGAUAUUUCUAUGUACCCUUUUGGACUAAGGUAUCUGCUCAUUAACACUCAGUAGACUAGUGUGGCUCUUAAGGAUGACGUAUGACGCAGGUAUCUGAUUAUAGUCUGUAAUGUAACAUUAUUUUGUUUUUAUACAGUUUCAUAGUGGCUGCUCCAAUCAUGCAUUAAGAUUUUUUUAAGUAGUUAUUUUAUUGUAAUAUAUUUAAAGUAAAUAGUGUAUAUCUUAAUAAAUGGUUUCUUGGGAACAGUA